AUGUCUGCACCGGACCCCAAGGAAGCCUGGAGCCGCCUGCAGAACGAGCUUGCAAAGAGGUCCUCGCGAUUCGGAGGCGCAGGCGGCGGCCCGCCCAAGGGCCUCGGAGGCGGCGUUGCGGGCCUGGUGCUGCUGGGAGGCGGCAUCUGGCUGGCCAACAAUGCCCUGUUCAACGUCGACGGUGGCCACCGCGCAAUCAAAUACACCCGCCUCGGCGGCGUUCAGAAGGAAAUCUACAGCGAGGGAACCCACUUCCGCCUCCCGUGGCUCGAGACGCCCAUCACCUACGACGUGCGCGCCAAGCCGAGGAACGUCGCCUCGCUCACGGGCACAAAGGACCUGCAGAUGGUCAACAUCACCUGCCGUGUGCUGUCGAGGCCGCGGGUCGAGGCCCUGCCGCAGAUCUACCGCACUCUGGGCACGGACUACGACGAGCGCGUGCUGCCCUCCAUCGUGAACGAGGUCCUGAAAAGCGUCGUCGCCCAGUUCAACGCGAGCCAGUUGAUCACGCAGCGUGAGAACGUCAGUCGGCUGGUGCGGGACAACCUGGUGAGGAGAGCGGCGAGAUUCAACAUCAUGCUGGACGACGUGUCGCUGACACACCUCGCCUUCUCCCCCGAGUUCACCGCCGCCGUCGAAGCCAAGCAGGUCGCCCAGCAAGAAGCACAGCGCGCCGCCUUCGUCGUCGACAAGGCCCGCCAGGAGAAGCAGGCCACCGUCGUCCGCGCCCAGGGUGAGGCCCGAUCCGCCGAGCUGAUUGGUGACGCCAUCAAGAAGUCGAGGUCCUACGUCGACCUGAGGGAGUUUGAAAACGCGAGGAACAUUGCCCAGAUCCUGCAAACGUCGUCGAACAAGGUCUACCUCGACUCGAGCGGCCUGGGUCUGAACAUCUCCCAAACCACAUCGGACAAGGAGCAGAGGGCGUCACGUAAAUAA